AGAAGGGGGCGGGAUUGGAUAAAAAAUAACGGGGCACACAAAGAGUUUAGGGGCGUUGGUGGUUUUGUUAUGAAUUUCGUCAAGGAAGUCAAAAGUAGACUAUUUUAAAGAUUAUCGAAGGUUUCAGAGAUCUUAAUAACAUCCAACAGUUAUGGCAGGUAAAACAAAUAUCAUUGCAUUGCAUGAUGAAGAGGCCGUGCCCGGUGCAGAGGGUCCUCUUGUCGCAGUGACUUUUCAGAAAACUGCUCACAAAAAACAGAAGUACCUGGAGUCUGAACCCAAAGCAUUGGGGGUGGCUCAGAUUGCUCUCAGUGUAUUCUACAUAAGUUCUGUCAUUGUCAUGUUCACCAACAGCAUGACCAUGUUGGUUGAAGAUUUAACACAUGUCAUUGGAUCAGUGUUUGUGAUCAUAGCUGGUAGUUUGGCCAUAGCUGCACAGAAUCUCCAUCUUCCCACUCUGAAGGCCUGUCUGGGGAUGCAGGUAGUGGCCUGUGUAGCAUCAGCGUUCAACUUGAUCGUCUCUGUGUCAAACUUGGCUGGACACAGAUAUGGUUAUGGCUGCUGGAAAUACGUUGAAAUCAACAGCACUGAUCACAACAAUACUUGCUAUUCAAUCACUGAUUCUACUGCACAUUACUUUGCUGAGUUGGUCCUGAUACAUACUGCUCUCAUCGCUAUCUCUGUCACGCUGGCUGCCUACUGCUGCAAGGUGGUCAACUGCUGCUCCCCGGGACAACGAAUGCCGGUGAUCACAGUCCAAGUCCCUCCUGCUCAGCAAUGAGGAAAGAUUCUGUGUGAGGACCAAUCAAGACAAGAGAUCCAACCCUACUAACCAACCACCAAAAACAUGUUAUUCUUCCAUCAACAAAAAUAUUGUAGUCCUAUAUGUCUACACAUACAAUGAGUGCACAAAACUUUAAGAACACUGUGCCUCCCACAGUUGUGUAAAGUUGGCUGGAUGUCCUUUAGAUGGUGGACCAUUCUUGAUACACACGGGAAACAAUUU